CAAUUAUAUGUACUAUGUAACAACAUCAUACAAGUCCAAGUGAGGUCCUACGACUACACGAUUAUAGCAAGGGAUAUUAAAAUCAGAUACAGAUUCACCAAGUGAAUAAAUCGUAAAAAUCAAGUUCUUCCAACACUACUAAAACUAAGCAUUUAUUUUAAGAAGUAUAAAGUAGUAAGAAAAUAUUUCAAAAAGAUGCCUUCAUGUCUCGUUCCCCUUGCCGAUGGCUCUGAGGAGCUUGAAGCUGUGAGCAUAUGGAACCCGCUGCGAAGGGCUGGGGUUGAAGUCACUGUCGCUAGCAUCAAGGGAGAUUCGCUUCAGGUCACUUGUGCACGUGGAACAGUGAUUAUGUUGACAGAAGUCUAGUAUUAAAAAAUAGUGUUGUACUCAUGAUCCGGGUGUUCAAGAAACUUCUGCUAGGCACGACUAGCACUACGUUCUACUAGUUCGUUGUACAACUAAUUAAGUAGUAGGUGCUGGAAGCUGUCAUCCUGCUCAAGAUAGAAGCUAAGUAGGUAGAAGCGAAGUAGGUACGUUGAAGAUCUAAGUAGGAAGCUGUCAACAUCCUGCUCAAGAAUCUAGGUAUAGUACGUUCUACUAGUAAGUUGUAGGAAGCUUCUGCCUGCUCUACUUUAUUCCUUGAGAGCACAGUAACAGGAAGGAUAUGACACUUCUUUGACUUUGUGGUCUUUGCUUGACGAGUAUAAUGAUGAAAAUAAUGAUAACACUUCUUCUCGUUCUCCUACUUUCAUAGUAAUAAAAUGCGACAAACUUCUGAAAGACUGUUUAGAAGGUGUCGCUUACGACUGCGUAGCGCUUCCAGGAGGCAUGCCGGGAGCAUCGAAUUUUGCUGCUUGUGAAGACUUAGUAUACCAUACGUACUCUAGUUUCGUGCACAGAUGGAGAACAAUAUUAGUUUGAAUUAUAGUAACAACAAGAGCUUGUUUAUGUUUUGAGUCUGUCAACUACAUCAACUGCCCUGCAAAAAAAUGAACAUGAACAUGCCUCGCAAAAAAUGAAAAGUAAUCACGAGCCACACCUGAACAACAAGCACUGACAGGUUACUCUUCUCAAGUCCCGUCAUGCCGCAGGACAGACGAAUGCCGCAGUGUGUGCAUCGCCCGCCGUCGUGUUUGCAGCGCAUAAACUUCUCAACGGUAAAGCGACGUGCUAUCCGGCACCCAAGUUCGUGGAGAUGCUAGGAGACAAGAUGCAGUCCAAAGACGCUCCCGUGGUGAUCGAUGGGAACGUGGUGACUAGUGUGGGUCCCGGAACCUCCUUAGAAUUCGGACUACGACUCGUCGGGUUAUUGUGCGGAGAAGAAAAAAUGAAAGAAAUCGGAGAAGCUAUGAAAUUUCAGGGAUCACUGGAUUCUUGAACAAGAUUCUUGAAUAUUUAUAAAGUAGAUUCAAGGAGGUAGAGGCACUAGAACCUCCAGUACGACGUAGAACUAGGUUGGAGGGGCAGAACGAAGGAAUGAAAUUUCAGCGAUCUUCUUCUUCGCUGGCCUGAGUUGUAAAUUAUAGAUCGCAAAUCAGGUAUCCUGAAGAUGUGUGGACGAGACUGUUGUGACAACAUACGGCCAAGAAAUAUUAUCAUGAGUAUCAUACUAUGACUUCUGUCUGACUCUGACAAUGAAGCUGAUGUCGUCAUGGCGUUGAUCGUAUUGUGAACCUCAGACUUCAUUAACAAGAAGCGGCCGUAUUAUGCUAUAUUGCACCAGCAGAAGGUGGACGUGCUGGAGCUAAGGAAGGUGGGGCCGUUCCAUGCGACAUGACGAUGCAAGUCAUGGGUUGAGAGAAGGGGAGUCAGAAAGGAGUCGGCGCUAUAGUGGUUCCUGACCUCGUCCUACUUACUUUUCUCCGAGGUAUGAGGAUAUUUAGUCUUGUAGUUAUGUGUGAUAUUGUGACGAGUCGUGGUGGUCUUUCUUAAUCUUCUUUCUUAAUGAAUGGUUCUGGUAUUUGGUAACCUGAAUUUGAUCAUAAGGGUUCUCUGUGUGUGACGAUGACACUUUGGAGGCUUCUGUAGAACCAUAAUGUCCAGCUUAUCUGUUGGCACCAAAAGUCCUUUCUUUGUGC